GAGUAAAAGGCGCGAUCGAGGGAGCGAGGCGAGCAGGGCGCCGAUCGGGGCCCGCCCCAGCCCGCACCCUCGCCCUCGCCAGGCCAGCAGCGGUUCACUUCGUUAACCGAGAUGGACACGAUAUAAUCUCUUGAGUUGAGUGAAAGGAUGGCGUCUGGUCCUGUGCUACCCACUGAGGAUGAACAGGCUUCCUUGGGCAUCGAUGGUCGCCAUAUUACACUGCAAGCUGAGCAGGAAGACACUCAGAAGAAAACUUUCACCUGCUGGAUAAACUCACAGUUGGCAAAGCACACUCCUCCGUCGGUUGUAUCAGACCUAUUUGCGGACAUUAAAAAGGGGCAUGUCCUCCUGGACCUGCUUGAAGUACUGUCAGGACAACAGUUGCCUCGAGACAAAGGAUCUAAUACAUUUCAGUGUAGAAUCAAUAUAGAACAUGCCCUGACAUUCCUAAAAAACCGAUCAAUCAAGCUAAUAAAUAUUCAUGUGACUGAUAUUAUAGAUGGAAACCCAUCCAUUAUUCUUGGUCUAAUUUGGACAAUUAUACUGCACUUUCAUAUUGAAGAGCUUGCCCGGACUCUUUCUUGCAAUUACCAUCAGCCUUCCCUGGACAGUGUGAGUGUGGCUGACUCAUCUCCUACCUCAAGUCCUCCAGCUAAGAAAUGCUCCAAAGCCCAAGAAAGAUGGCAGAUGUCUGCAAAGAAGGCUCUUCUCUUGUGGGCUCAGGAGCAGUGUGCCCUGUGUGAAUCUGUCAAUGUGACAGAUUUUAAGUCAAGCUGGAGAAAUGGGAUGGCUUUUCUGGCUGUCAUUCAUGCCUUGCGACCAGACCUGAUUGACAUGAAAACAGUGAAGCACAGAUCCAACAAAGACAAUCUGAAAGACGCCUUUGGAAUUGCUGAACGGGAAUUUAAAAUUCCCAAAUUGCUAGAACCAGAAGAUGUGGAUGUUGUCGAUCCUGAUGAAAAGUCGAUCAUGACCUAUGUGGCACAGUUUCUACAGUAUUCGAAGGAUGCAUCUGGGACUGGAGAUGAAGCUCAGGGCAGGAUGAAAGACGCUGUGGUCUGGUUAACUCUACAAGAGAAAAGACUACAGGAAGUGCUAAAGGAGUCAGAGAAUGAGACCUACUCUAAAAAGUAUGAUAGCCUGCUGUCCUUUUUGGAGUCCUUCAAUGAAGGAAAAAAGCCCUUUUUGGACAUCCUGCCAGUGGAAAGGACCUUGGAUGAGCUGAAUGAAAAUCAGGUGCAGCUGAGAGAAGCCUGGGAUGGCCUCAACUGCCAGAUUAACAUGUGGAAAAGAGACCUGAAUCAUGCCUUGCCCUCACCGCUGCAUCACAUUGAAGCCUGGCUCCAGGAGGUAGAGGGACUUAUAGAGGAAGACUUGCCAGCUUCCCAGGAUUACUGUGAAGCCGUGGCUCUAAUACAAGAAAAAAUGACUUUAAUCAAGAAUCUGAUGGAUAAAUUUGAUUGUCAUUCGAAUACUCUCCUGGCAUUUGAAAAUAGAGAUGAAAAAAAUUUGCCACUGGUACCACCUAAGAAAUUGGAGGAAAUGAAAGCACGAAUCAACAACAUUUCAGGGGAAAAAUUCAUUCCACUUCUAGAAUUUCAUUACUAUAAGUACUCAGUUCUUGGUUUGCUAGAUGAAGUGAAGACAAAAUUGGAUGUUUGGGACGUCAAAUAUGGGAGCAAAGAAUCUGUGGAAUUGUUGCUGGAAGACUGGCAUAAAUUUAUUGAAGAAGAAGAGUUCCUAGCUCAACUUGAAACUUCCUUGCAAAAAUGUGAAGAAAUACAUAAGACUUUAGAUGGAGAAUAUCAGGAUAUUAGUAAACAGUAUAUGGCACUGGAAUAUAAUAUUUGUACAUAUAGAAAAAAUAUAUAUAAUGUCAAGUCCACUCUUCAGAAAGUUUUGACAUGUUGGGCUACUUAUCUGGAAAAACUUCGCUUACUAAAGGCUUGUUUUGAGGAGACAAAGAAGGAACAGAUUAAAGAGAUUCCCUUUGAGACAAUAUCCCAGUGGAAUGUAGAACAUACAACUUUAAAUGAAGUGGGAAAUUUCUUAAUUCAAGUCAGUAAUGAUGAAGUUGGAUCAUCUAUUUCUAAAGAACUGAGAAGGCUGAAUAAAAGAUGGAGGAAAUUUAUUACAAAAACUCAACUUGAAAUGAAGCUGCCCUUUAUAAAAAAACAGGAUCAGCCCAUUUUUGACAAUUAUGAAAAUACUCUGCUAUAUCAAGAAGAAAAACCAACUGUUGAUUUUUCAACAGAUAUGUCAAUAGAACUUCCUGAAGAUCAUAAUCAGGAUGUAAAGGCUGGGGAAGGACAUGAAAAAGAAAAUGAAUUCACAGGGCAACUCAAAGUGGCUGAAGAUGUUGAAAAACUCAUCGAACACGUGGAAACCUGGGAGGCAGAAACUGCAUCUCUUUUGGAGCCUCUGAGAUGUCAUGAGGGUGUAGAGGCCUCAGUGGAAGAAUCUUUGCAGCAUCUUGUUGCCAAAGGCUCUAUGUAUGAAGAGCUUGUGUCUAGAAUCGAAGACACCUUACAACUGGAUGUGCAAAACAUUUCCAGCCAGGAGUCCCUUCAACAUGUUCUCACAGCUGGGCUUCAGACAAAGAUUCAAGAAGCUAAAGAGAAAGUUCAGAUCACUAUGGUAAAAUUAGUUGCCAUGUUGAAAAAUUCAGCUGAUGCUUCACCAGAUCUGGAUGUCAGGCUGAAAGUAGAGGAGUCACGGAGGGAACUUGAGUCAUACAUGACGAGGGCUGAGCAAUUACUUGGACAAAGAGAGAGCCGGAGUGGACUAAUUUCAAAAUACAAGGAAGCACUAAUAAUUCUUAGUUCUAAAAGUCUGGUCAAGUAUUUGAAAGCUAUUGAGGAACUGAAAAAUGAUGUAACUGACGAUGUAAAGCUGUCUUUGGAAGAAGAGAGUAGAGGUGUCUGUGCCAAGUGGGAGUCUCUUCACCAUGAGAUGUCUUUGUACAGUCAACAGUUGAAAAUAGACAUUGAAAAAGGAAAACUCAGUGACAGUAUUUCAAAACUUGAAAAACAAAUAAAUAAAGAAAAGAAACUAAUUCGCAGAGGAAGGACCAAGGGUCUCAUCAGGGAACAUGAGGCCUGCUUUUCUGAGGAAGGCGGUCUGUACCAGCUAGAUCACCACAUGGAUGUCCUGCGGGAGCUGUGUGAAGAGCUGACUUCACAGAAGAGUCAACAAGAAGUGAGGAGAGCCCUCAAAGAUUAUGAACAAAAGAUUGAAAGACUUCGGAAAUGUGCCUCCGAGAUUCAUACGACGCUGCAGCCCAUGGUGGGAGGUCUGUCGAAAAACAAGGAGCCCAUGAGCACAUCUGAGAAUGGAGGGAGAAGUGCCCACAGUGCGGUGGCGUCUGCAAACUCAGAUAAUCAGCCAUCAGCUGAACAGGCACUGGGAUCAAUUGAGAAGUUUAGCCUGGAAUCCAAGUUAAAGCCUCAACAGGAAGAAAGUGUUACGGAGAAGUAUGAGAAGGAUCACAAUGCAUCUAUUAGUAGUUUACAAGAGAGCUAUGAUAUCCACAGAGAAAAUCUUGAGGAGUGCCUGCAAAACAACAAAUCCAGAAUUAUUUCUGAUUUCUCCAGUGACGAAGUAAGGAGUAGUGCUUGUCUCCAGGCUAAGCUGACAGAUCUACAGGUCUUAGAAAAUGACACCGAUGCUUGCUGGAAAGAGUUUGAAAUCACUUCAUUGAAGUUAGAAGAGCUUGAGAGUGACAUAAAGAAGCCUUUUAUAAGAGAGGCAAGAGAGAGAUUAAAAGAAAAAGAAAGAGAGUUUCAGAUGACUCUAAAUACCAGAAUGGAGUCUUUGGAGACUGCGCUGAAGAUUGUGUUACCUGUGGAGAAGGAAUCACUUCUUCUCUGUGGCUCAGACCUGCUCCUCCAUGAAAUGGCCAUUCAAGAAUUUCAUCUCAUUGAUGCUGACGGCAUUUAUCAAAACCUGAGGAAUAUCCAAGAUUCCAUCAUAAAACAGAUUGAAGUAUGUAAUAAUUUGGACCAGUGGGGUGACUUUGCAUUAAAGGAAUUACACCCAGUUGAUCUCCAUGCAACACAGAAUAUCAUACUGAAACACAGAACACAACUUGAAGAAACGAACCACAAGGUGCAGAAUUGUAAAGAUGCCCUCAAAGCCCUGGAGGACUUUCUAGUUUCUCUGAGAACAGCUAGACUCUCUUCUGAGCUUGUUACAGACUGUUCAGCCCCAGAUACACUGGUGGCAUCAGAAAACACUUUGACAGUAGAAAAUAAAGAAGAAGAAACCAAUCUGAUGAAGGACAAGGCCAGACAUUUGGAUAAACGUCUGAAGAUGCUUGGUAUAAGCUUUAAAGAUGCUGAACGGGGUGACGACACCUGUGAAAAACUUCUUGAUGCUUUGCCCGAAACGUUAUUUGAGACGUGUGGCUAUGGUGUGCCGGAGGAGUUCCCUGAAAACAGAUUACUAGAGACAUGUAUUUUCAAAAAUAAUGAACUCCUGAAAAAUAUUCAAGAUGUGUACAAUCAGAUCAGUAAAAUCAGUCUUAAGGAUCCCACUGCUCCAGCUGUGAAACAACGGAAAAAAUCACUAAUGAGACUGGAUAAGGAUCUAGAUGAAUAUGAAGAAGAGAAGAAAUGCUUGCAAGAAAUGGUCAAUUCUCUUCCGCAGUUCAGAGACGGCAGAGAAAAAUCGCUGAAUCAGCAGUGCCAAAAUACGGCACUUUUGUGGGAGAAUACCAAAGCUUCGGUCACUGAGUGCCUUGACCAAUGUGAAAGAGUUUUGGAGCUCUUAAAACAAUAUCAGAAUUUUAAAAAUGUCUUGACAACUUUGAUUCAAAAAGAAGAGAAUGUCAUCUCCCUUCAGGCUUCCUACAUGGGAAAAGAAAACCUGAAGAAAAGAAUAGGAGAGAUUGAAGUUGUCAAAGAAGAAUUUAAUGAACAUUUAGAAGUUGUAGACAAGAUUAACCAGAUCUGUAGAAACCUACAAUUUCAUCUAAAUAAAAUGAGAAUUUUUGAAGAGCCUCCUUUUGAGAAAGAAGCUAAUAUUAUUGUGGAUAGAUGGCUUGAUAUAAAUGAAAAAACCGAAGACUACUAUGAAAAUCUUGGUCGAGCUCUAGCUUUGUGGGACAAACUUUUUAACUUAAAAAAUGUAAUUGAUGAGUGGACUGAAAAGGUCCUUCGAAAAAUGGAAUUAUAUCAACUGACUGAGGAGGAAAGAGAAAAGCUGAAGGAAGAGUUACAAGUCCACGAACAAAAAUCUUUAGAGUUUUCUAAAAGAGUGGCUAAAAUACAGUUUCUCCUUCAAAGCAGUGAAAUACCUCUUGAAUUGCAGGUCAUGGAGUCCUCUGUUUUAAACAAGAUAGAAAAUGUAAAAAUGAGUUUAACAGGAGAAUCCAGCUGCUUUGCGUUCAGUGGCCAUACAGCUGAGCUAAGGGAAGAUCUUGACCAAGCCAAGACCCAGAUCGGAAUGACCGAGUCCCUGUUAAAAGCCCUGUCUCCCACUGACAGCCUAGAGAUCUUUACUAAACUUGAGGAGAUACAACAGCAAAUCCUACAGCAAAAGCACAGUAUGAUGUUACUGGAGAAUCAAAUAGGUUGUCUGACUCCUGAACUCUCUGAAUUAAAAAAGCAAUAUGAAAGCAUCAGUGAUUUAUUUAAUACCAAAAAAAGCCUUUUGCAAGAUCAUUUUUCUAAGUUAUUGAAUGAUCAGUGCAAGAACUUUAAUGAUUGGUUUGGCAACAUUAAAAUGAACCUUAAGGAGUGUUUCGAAUCAUCAGAAACAAAAAAGAGUGUGGAACAAAAGCUACAAAACCUUUCUGAUUUCUUAACUCUUGAAGGAAGAGGCAGUAAAAUACAGCAGGUGGGAACUGUACUAAAUCAUGUGAAGAAACAUCUGCCCAAAGCACAUGUUAAGGAGCUUAACAGCUGGAUUAUAAAUCAAGAAAUUGAAUUAGAAAAAAUGGAGUCCAUUUGCCAGGCACGAGCAAAGGAGCUUAAUGACUACUUGCAGCAGCUACUGAGCCUCCAGGAUGACCACAGAAAUCUGAUUAUGUGGUUGACUAGUCAAGAAGAGAAAUGGAAAGAAAUGGAAAAAUCAGGAGAGAAAACUGAGCUAUUUUGUGAAGCUGUAGCUAGAAAAAGGGAACAAUUUGAAUCUAUGGCCCAGUUGAACAAUUCUUUGAAGGAAUAUGGGCUUACUGAAGAAGAAGAAAUAAUAAUGGAAUCAACACAUUUGAUUGAUAGAUACCAGACAUUUUUGAGACAAUUGUGUGAAACUGACGAAGAGGAUAAGUUACCUUCUACAGAGGACCAGAGCUUUAAUGAUCUUGCACAUGAUGUCAUUCAUUGGAUAGCAGGGAUUAAAGAGUCCCUUAUGGUUUUGAAUUCAUCUGAAGGCAAAAUGCCACUUGAGGAGAGAAUCCAGAAAAUAAAGGAAAUCAUUUUGCUAAAGCCUGAAGGGGACGCUAAAAUACAGACCAUCAUGAGUCAGGCUGAGUGCAGCAAGGCUCCAUUGGCUUCCAAGACCCUUACUGAUAUCAAGAACCAGUGGGACAACACACUCCAUUUAGCCAACACGUAUCUAAGCCAUCAAGAAAAACUUCUACUAGAAGGGGAGAAGUAUUUGCAAAGUAAGGAGGAUCUGAGAUUAAUGCUCACAGAACUGAAAAAGAAACAAGAGGUGGGCUUUGCUCUUCAACAUGGCUUGCAGGAGAAGAAAGCUCAGUUAAAAAUUUAUAAGAAAUUCCUCCAAAAAGCACAGGAUUUGACAUCCUUGCUCAAAGAGUUAAAAUCUCAAGGAAGUUACCUCUUAGAGUGCACUAAGAAUCCCAGCUUCAGUGAAGAGCCUUGGCUGGAGAUAAAGCUACUACACGAAAGUCUUCUGCAACAACUACAGGAUUCUGUGCAAAAAUUGGAAGGUCAUGUUCAAGAACACCACUCAUACCAGGAUUGUGUCACAGACCUGAAUACUACGUUGGACAAUAUCUCCAAGGAAUUUGCCAGUUUUCUUGAUAAGCCUGUGGAUCAAAUAGCAGUUGAGGAAAAACUGCAGAAACUGCAGGAACUAGAGAAAAGACUCCAUUUACAAGAUGAAACAUUGGAGAAGACUUUAGCUUUAGCAAAAUCCAUCAAGAAAAAUACAUCUUCAGUGGGACAGAAGAUUAUUAAAGAUGAUAUAAAAUCACUUAAGUGUAAACGAAAGGAUUUGGAAAACAGACUUGAAUCUGCUAAGCAGGAGACAGAAAGUUGUCUCAAAAGCAUUCUCCAAUCGAAACGCUCCAUGGAACAGAAAGAAAAGUUUAGUCCUCCAGGCAGAGAGAAGGAGGUCACUUGUGAUGUGCAGGGGUCCACUCGGGACUCAGCUGCACUGGAAAAGUUUGAACAAGAUUGGGAAAUAAACAAGAAUUCAGCUGUGGAAAUGGUUUUGUCAAAACAACUUUCUCUCGAUGUUCAAGAAAGCAUGAAAAACACUGGCGACGAGCAUAAAGUCAAUGAGCUGCAAAAUCAACCUUUAGAAUUAGAUGUUGUGUUAAGAAAUGAACAAUUAAAGGAGAUAGAGGAAUUGUAUGCUCGAUUGGAUGCAAAGAAAGCAGCCAUUGAGCCACUGGAACAAACUGAGUAUCUCAAUAAAGCAGAAACACGUGCCUUGGUUCUUCACAAUACAGGGUAUUCAGUGAACUAUUUGGACAAUCUGCUUCAGGCACUUAUCACUUUGAAGAAAAAUAAAGAAAGCCAGUAUUGUUUCCUAAAGGAUUUUCAGGAAAAGCUUGCUACAGUUGAAUCCUCAGUGAAAACUUUGUUGACAGAAAAGGAAAGUCUAAAAGUGGGACCUCUGGGCAGUGCAGCCUAUCUGGACAAGAUUAAAAAUUAUCUGGCAUCAAUAGAAAAAGAGAAAGUUUUCUUAAGCAAGAUGAAAAUCGAAUGGGAAAGUUUAUCAAACUGUGUGACCGACAUGGAUAAGAAGUUGUUGGAAAGCCAGAUCAAGCAACUUGCCCAUAGUUGGGAACAAUUGCAGCAGCUGGCCCAAAAGAAGUAUUCUCAGCAAGUAGCAAAAAGUGAUGAAUUUAUACUUCUCAUGCGUCAGAUCCAAGACCUCGAAAUUUCUCUGCAGCAACAGCAGUGGCAUCUACAGUUGGGGCUGAACUCUCCAGGAGAACAGGAGGGGAGCCCAGGCACAGUUGCCUUGGCCAUUGAACUCCGGACUGUCAAGCACAGAUUUUCGGUGUUGAAGGGGCAAGCUGAAUUUCAGAUGAAGAGGAUUUGGGGAGAAAAAGAAAAGAAUACUUUGGAAGAUGCAAUGAAUAAUUUGCAGAAGCAGUUGAAAGCCGUGGAGCCAUUAAACACAGAGGUGGAACAUCAGAUCAGGAUAUGUGAAACGAAGACCAGGAUGAAAGAGAUUAUCCUGUGGGUCAAGAAUCUGCUAGCUGAACUCACUCCUACCAUUCCCCUUCUCCCAGAUGACAUUCUUUCACAGAUUAGAAAAUGCAAGGUGACACACGAUGACAUUCUGGACAGGCACCAAAUUGUGGAGUUAUUGGUUGAAGAGGCCAAAGAUAUUAUUCCCAGCCUUCCAGCAGACGAGAGCACUGAUUUAAGUCACCUCCUACAGGACUUACAGAAUCAAUACCAAAUGCUGGUUUUAAAAUCAACUGAAAGAUCACAGCAGUUAGAAUUUAAAUUGGAAGAAAGAAGCCAACUUUUUGCCGCAAUAGAGAAGGUUCAACUUUCUCUUCAGGCAAAUGAAGCACUGAUAAUUCCCAAAAUGAAAACAGCCUCCACAGAAACUGAGCUAGAACAUGAGCGUGUCACUUUGAUGAGUUCUCUGAAGGAAUUGCAAGAAGCAGAGAGUGUAACCUCGACCCACCUUCAGGAGCAAACAGACAUCUGCAAGGAUCUAAAUGUGUUUGAAAGAUUAUUUCUGGAUGACCAAUUGAAAAACCUUAAGACUAGAGCCCACAGAGCGCAGAGAUUCAUUCAAAAUAAAUGUAAUGAAGUGGAACAGAAGAUACAUUUUUGCCGAGAAUUUCAUGAAAAAACAUCUAUGCUUCAGAAGGAGGCUGACCAUAUACAGCCCGACAAACUGCUACUAAAUCAAGAAAUAAGUCAAGAUGUUAAAGAGGAGCUCUAUAAUCUUAAAGACCGAGUCACUGGUAUUCAGUCUAGUAUCUUACAAGCACUGAAACUCAAAGAAGUGUUUGACUAUAUAGGACUAAGCUGGGAUUGUUCCCAACUUGACCAAUUACACACCCAAGUAGCUGAAAAAGAAAAGGAACUUGAGGAAAAAAUUAAGCAGUUGGACACGUUGGUGGCAGACCAUAGCAGAUAUCAAGCAUCACUAAGUAAACUGAGGGCUAUGGACUUGCAAAUUAAGAAAAGAGCUGAAGCAGUACUAGAAAUGCGCCAGACCUCACCAGAAAGCAGUUUGCUCGAUGCUCAAAUUUUGAAUCGGAGAAUUGAAAAAGCCGUGAGCUUGUGUCAAGAGAUAAUAAAGAAAUUAAAUGAAAGUAAGGCCUUUGAUGACACCUUCAAAGAGAAAGAAAUGCUACGGAUAAAGCUAUAUGCAGAAGAAAAUGACAAGUUACAUAAGGUUCUCCGAAACAACAUCCUAAAAGCCCAACCCAAGGAAAUGGAUGAGAAGAAUGUUCAGGACAAACUGGAAAAUGCCUUACAUGUUUUGAAGCAGAUCAAGACUCAGUUAGAGCAGCCUUUAGUUAUAAAUUUAGACAUUGAACAUAUUCAAAAUGAGAAGGAUGAUUGUGAAGCAUUUCAAGAGCAAGUUCAAGCAGAAAUGGAUAGUGUGAGAUCUAUGACCAUCAUUGAGAAGCAAAGGGGAGACAAUUCUUCUGGAGCUAAUGUUGUGGAGGCAAAAUUAUGUGACAUUGGAGAUCUUCACAUACAGCUUACUACAAGCAUUGAUUUGCGCACAGAUGUCUUGAAUGAUGCUUAUGAAAGUCUGACACGCUAUAAUGAGGCAGUCACUAGGGCGAUGGGGAUCUUUACUGCCCGUGAAGCCAUUGUUGCAGCCCAUAGAGUAGACCUUGCUGACCCAGAGGAAUCGCUGGAGAUGUCUCACUGGCAAGAAGAGGAAUUGCAAACUGCAAUAGCAGACAUCCGGGACCUUACUGAGAAAUUAGGGACUAUAUCCAGCCCUGAAGCCAAACAACAACUCCAGUAUACUAUCCAUGAAUUAGCUUUGAAGGACUCCGCUGUGAGGGAGGCAGCCAAAGUAAGGGAAACAGAAAUAGAAAGGUGUCUCGAGAAUUACAAAUGCUAUAGGAAAAUUAAAGAGAACAUUUGCACUCACCUAAGCCAAAUGGAGACAGUUCUUGGGCAGUCCAUAUUCCCAUUGCCAGUAUCUUACAAAGAAGCUUUAGAGCGCUUGGAACAGAGCAAGGCUUUGGAGUCAAAUCUCAUAUCAACCAAAGAAGAGUUCAUGAAGCUCCGCCAGGUCCUCAGACACUUAAGACACACGUGCACGGACGGUGAUGAUGUGUGUUUGCUCAGAACCACAUCAGCUCUGUGGGACAAAUGGUUGAGUCUGCUGGAGGCUGCUAAAGAAUGGGAGAUUUGGUGUGAAGAACUAAAGCAGGAGUGGAAAUUUGUCAACGAAGAAAUUGAACGAGAAACAAUUAUCUUAGAUAAUCUUCAAGAAGAUCUCCCUGAAGUUUCUAAAACAAAAGAGGUGGCCACCACAGAGGAGCUCUGUGAGCUGCUAGACUGUUUAUGCCGUUACCAAGACAAUGUGGAGAAGCAGCAGCUGUUACUGACCUUACUUCUUCAGCGCCUAAGAAGUAUCCAGAUUGCUCCCCAAAGCUUAGAGCCUGUAGAAACUGGCGCAGCAUUUCAAGAGAUUACAUCGAUGCAAGAACGAUGCAACAAGCUUUUUCAGAAAGCUCGAGAAAAUAAGGAACUGGUGGAGAAUGAAACCCAAGAAAGACAUUCCCUCACAAGAGAAAUAAUUACUUUGAAGAAUUUACUUCAACAGACCGCAACUUCUUUCCAAAAUAUGGAAUUACAAGACCACCCAGAAAAGGCAGAACAGUUCGAGGAGCUUCAAAGCAUUUUUAAGAAAGGGAAGCUGACUUUUGAGAAUAUUAUGGAAAAACUGCGCAUCAAGUAUUCUGAAAUGUACACCCUAGUCCCUGCAGAGAUUGAAUCCCAGGUGGAAGAAUGCAGAAAAGCGUUAGAAGACAUAGAUGAGAAGAUUAGCAAUGAAGUUUUGAAAAGUUCACCAUCAUAUACAAUGAGUAGAAAAAUCGACGAAAUUAACAAUGGGCUUCACAAUGUGGAAAAGAUGUUGCAGCAGAAAAGCAAAAAUAUUGAGAAAGCUCAGGGAAUUCAAAAGAAAAUGUGGGACGAGCUAGAUCUCUGGCAUUCCAGGCUCAAUGAGCUGGAUUCCGAAGUGCAGGACCUUGUCGAACAGGAUCCAGGACAGGCCCAAGAAUGGAUGGAUAACUUGAUGAUUCCUUUUCAGCAAUAUCAGCAAGUAUCACAGAGAGCAGAAUCUAGAACCUCACAGUUAAAUAAGGCCACAGUUAAGAUGGAGGAAUAUCAUGACCUUUUGAAGAGUACUGAGGCUUGGAUAGAAAAUACCAGUCAUUUGCUGGCUAAUCCUGCUGACUAUGCCUCUUCAAAGAUGCUGAGUCAGCACGCUAGCACCCUUCAGAUGGCUUUGGAAGAUUCAGAACAGAAGCACAGUCUUCUACAUUCCAUUUUCACGGAUCUAGAAGACUGGUCAAUAAUCUUUGAAACUGAUGAUUUAGCACAGUCUGUACAAAAGUUAAGUGGUCAAGUAGCAGCUUUACAACAAACCAUCAUGGUGAGCCUUCCCCAGAUCCAGCGGAUGGCUGAUGAUGUAGUUGCUAUUGAAACUGAAGUAAAAUCAAUGGAGAAAAAAGUUUCAAAAAUCAAAGCUAUCCUCCUAUCGAAAGAAAUAUUUGAUUUUUCACCUGAAGAACAUCUUAAGCAUGGGGAGGUCAUCCUUGAAAACAUACGUCCCAUGAAGAAAACUAUUGCUGAAAUAGUGUCUUACCAAGUGGCACUGAGGUUGCCCCAGACAGGAGGGAAGCCUCUGCCUGUGUUUCCACGGACAGAUCAUCUUUUACAAGAUAUAAAAUUGUUGGAAAAUGUGACUCAGGAACAAAACGAAUUAUUAAAGAUAGUCAUAAAACAGACUAAUGAAUGCAACGAGGAAAUAGAAAAUUUGAAGCAGAUCUUAAAUAAUUAUUCAGCUGAGUUCUCCCAUGAACAUGUAUCACCAGACCAAACGGCCAACCGACCACAGGUACAGGGAGAAAUGGAAGGUAUGGAAGAGCAGAUUCUGAGUUUGAACCAGAGGAAAGAGGACCUGUUGGUGGACCUGAAGGCUGCCAUACUAAACCUUCACCAGCAUUUACAGCGAGACCAGCAAGAAUUAGAACAAGAAAUGCCAUCAACUGGAGCAUCAGAAGAGGAAGGAGUGGCCGAGAGGGAGGGUUCCGAGUGGAAGUUGAACAAAACAAGUUCCAUGUCUUUCCUGCCGGCGCUCAAGGAAGAGGUGGAAGAGAGCUCCCUGAAGAGUGAAAAUGGAGACAAGAGAGCAGAGCCAACUUCCAGGUCUUGGUCUUCACUCUGGAAGCAUGACAAGGACAUGGAGGAAGAUAGAGCGUCCCCGUCCUCCGGAACGAUCAUUCAGGAGGCUGCUGAGAAAAUCAGCACACGUGAGAAUUCUAUGGCACAAAUUCUUGCACCAGACUCCAUAAACGCUGAGCAAGGCCCAGAAUUUUCCCUGAGUCCCAACCAAAGAGAAGAGGGUGCCACACCUCCUCCCAAGGCUGUGGCUCUGGGCUUUUCUGACGAGCAAGGAGCCUUCGAGGCCACGGUGGAGAAACCUAGGCCCGAGCCUGCAGAAAUUCUCCAUGCCUGCAAGACCCGGGUGGCCGAGCUGGAGCGGUGGCUGCACCAAGCCAACGUGGCAUUUGAGCCGGAAACAUUAAACGCAGACAUGCAGCAGUUGGUGGAACAGCAGCUGGUCGGGUGCCAGGCCAUGCUAACAGAGAUCGAGCACAAGGUUGCCUCUCUGCUAGAGAGCUGCAAAGACCAGGGGCCGGGAGACAGUGGGGCCACUCAGCAGGAGGCUGAAGCUCUUUCCUUGAAACUAAAGACGGUGAAGUGCAAUUUGGAAAAAGUCCAGAUCAUGCUUCAGGAGAAAUACAGUGAAGACCAGCAUGCUGCCACUCUAAAGAAACCUUCAGAGCAUCAAAAUGAUCUCCAACCGGAUAACCUUUCUGAAUUUGAACCUAUUGUGACUGAAAGGCCACAGUUCAGCAGACAAAAAGAUUUCCAGCAGCAGCAGGUUCUGGAGUUAAAACCAACGGAACAGAAAGAUUUCAUCAAAUUCAUAGAAUUUAAUGCUGAGAAAAUAUGGCCCCAGUUUUGCCAACCUGAUAAAGAUACAACUCAGAAAUCUGAGAGCAUUAAGGCAUCUAGCUCUGAAAAUGAUGCUCCAGAGUCGGUCUUGUCAACUCAGGGCCAAAGUGGGGAUAAGUGGCAAUAUUUACAUCAUGAACUAUCAUCAAAGAUCGGGCUACCACUACCUUCGCUUGUGCAACCUCAGGUUGCCACAAAUAUGAGCAUUCUACCCAGUGUGAGUGUGUAUAACUUUAGAUACCCAACAACUGAGGAACUAAAAGCAUAUACCACACAACUUGAAGACCUGCGUCAAGAGGCAAAUAACCUCUGGAUUAAGGAAAACCUGACAGAAGAAACGUACAUAAAUUUGGAUAAAAAAUUAUUUGAACUAUUUCUGGCCCUCACUCAGUGCCUUGGCAGCGUGGAGGAGAUGCUGCAGACCCCGGGGCUCUUCAGAGAGGAUGUCUGUGCUCAGCAGGUCCACUGCGAGACACUGGCUCUUGAGUUGAAAAAACUUUACUUAGCUAUGGGCGACAAGAAGGAUGGUCUUUUGAAAGUCAUGACAUGCCCUGGCAAGAGCACCAACCUGUUCCCUGAAUGUUUUGAUAGACUCCAAGUCUACCUGGAGCACGCGCAGGCCGCAGCUGCCUCUAGAAGCAAGUCCCUAAAAGCUGGCCUCGACUAUACCCGCAGUUAUCAGAAUGAAAUAAAGCGAUUGUAUGAUCAACUUACUAAGAAUAAAACAUCUUUACAACAGUCUUUGAAUGAAAUCAGUGGCCAGAGUAUUGAUGAACAGCUUCAGAAAGCAGAUGCGUAUACAGCGGAGCUGCAGAACUCUGAGAGCCGAGUGGCAAAACUAAGAGACGAAGGGGAGAGGCUUCGUUUACCUUAUGUGUUAUUGCAAGAGGUUUACAAAUUAGAGGAUGUACUUGACACUAUGUGGGGAAUCCUGAGAGCCCGGUACACAGAACUCAGCAGCCCUUUCAUCACUGAGAGCCAGCAAGAUGCCUUAUUGCAAGGCACGGUGGAACUAGUGGAUAUUGGAAAGGAAAAACUUGCUGACGACCACUUAAAACAAGCUAAAAGUAAAGAUGCCUUACAGGCUCAAAUACAAAGUCACAAGCUUUUUUUCCAGAAGCUUGUUGCUGACAUGCUGUUGAUCCAAACAUACUCCAACAGAAUGCUUCCUUCUUCACUGCAAAAGAAAGAGACAUUUUGGGCAGAGCAAAUAAAAGAAGUCAAAUUACUGGAAGAAAAAUCACACCAACGUGGAAUAAAGUUGCAGACUUUAUUGCAGAAAUGGGAAGCAUUUGAUGAAAACUAUGCAUCUCUUGAAAAGGAUCUGGAAAUGCUUGUAUCUACGUUGCCCUCCGUGAGUUUGGUGGAAGAGACUGAGGAAAGAUUAGUGGAAAGGAUUUCAUUUUACCAGCAAAUAAAAAGAAACAUUGAUGACAAGCAUGCCCGGCUUUACCAGACUCUGAAUGAAGGCAAAGAGUUGGUGGCGUCCGUGAGCUGUCCUGAACUAGAGGGCCAGAUUGCAAAACUAGAAGAGCAGUGGUUGGCCUUAAACAAAAAAAUUGACCAUGAACUACACAGACUACAAACGCUUCUCAAGCAUCUGCUCAGUUAUAACAGAGAUUCGGAUCAGUUAACCAAGUGGUUGGAAUCGUCUCAGCAAACUCUCAAUUACUGGAAAGAACAAUCCCUCAAUGUGUCUCAGGACUUGGAUACAAUCAGAAGCAACAUAAACAAAUUUUUUGAGUUUUCAAAGGAACUAGAUGACAAGUCAUCCUUGAAGACUACAGUGAUAAGUACUGGGAACCAGCUUCUCCACCUAAAAGAAGCGGAUACGGCCACACUGAGAGCUUCUUUAGCGCAGUUUGAACAAAAGUGGACAAUGCUAGUAACACAACUUCCUGAUAUUCAAGAAAAACUUCACCAGCUCCAGAUGGAGAAAUUGCCGUCUCGUAAAGCAAUCACCGAAAUGAUUAGCUGGAUGAACAAUGUGGAACAUCAAACUGCAGAGGAAGACUCUGAGCAUUCUCUGAGUUCUGCGUCUCAAGUUAAAAACCUUCUUCACAAGUACAAGGAGUUCAGAAUGGAGCUGGACUACAAACAGUGGAUAGUAGACUUUGUUAACCAGUCCUUACUUCAGUUAAGCACCUGCGAUGUAGAGAGUAAGCGCUACGAGAGAACAGAGUUUGCAGAGCACCUGGGAGAGAUGAACCGCCAAUGGCACCGGAUACACGGAACACUGAACAGAAAGAUACAACAUUUAGAACAGCUUUUGGAAAGCAUCACUGAGAACGAAAACAAAAUACAGAUUUUGAACAACUGGAUGGAGGCGCAAGAGGAGAGACUGAAAACUUUACAAAAGCCUGGAAGUGUGAUCUCCGUGCACAAGGUGCUCCCGGAUUGUCAGGAUAUAGAAAAUCAACUUGCAAGUAAAUCCAAAGCCCUUGAGGAGUUGAGACAGUGUUACCUGACUUCGGAGAGUGGGACCAUGCCUUUGUUAGAAGACACAGCCUCCAGAAUUGAUGCGUUAUUUCAAAAGAGAAACCAUGUUAUCAGCCAGGUCAACGAGCUCAAGACCUCCAUGCAGUCUGUUUUACAGGAGUGGAAGAUUUACGAUGACCUUUAUGAUGAGGUGACGAUGAUGACAAUCCGGUUCUGGUACUGCAUGGAGCACAGCAAGCCUGGGCUUUUAUCAUUAGAGGCCUUAGGAUGCCAGGUGCAGAACCUCCAGUCUCUUCAAGAUGAAGCUGAGAGCAGUGAAGCAAGUUGGGAGAAGCUGCAGAAGGUGAUUGGAAAACUCAAAGAUCGCUGCCCCUUGGUUGCUGAAAUAAUCGAAGAGAAAUGCCAAGAUACUCAUGCCAGGUGGACCCAGGUGAACCAAGAUCUUGCAGAGCAGUUGCAGAAGGCCCAGAGUCUGCUCCAGCUCUGGAAGGCCCAUGACAGCGCUCACACCGAAGCCGCAGCAAGGCUGAAGCAGCAGGAAGCCAAGUACCAACAGCUUGAAAACAUCAACAUGUCUGGAAACAACUUGGCAGAGAUCCUGACCCCAGCCCUGCAGGAUGUAAAGGAACUGCAGGAUGAUGUACAGAAGACAAAAGAAGCCUUUCUCCAGAAUUCCGCUCUCCUGGAUCGACUUGCGCAGCUCACGGAGUCCAGUACCCACGUGCCCUUCUCCACACAACAGCACUCCCUCCAGAGGGCUUCCUACUUGGAAAACAUGUUGCUUGUGAAAGCUAAUGAAUUUGAGUUUGUCCUUUCACAGUUCAAGGAUUUUGGGGAAUGGUUGGAAUCUUUAAAAGGUCUCAUUACACAUGAAGAAGAGCAUUUGGAAAAACUCUGCCAUCAAGAAAAAGAAGAAAAUCCUGACUUAUUCCUGAACCGUGUGCUGGCACUGACAGCCCAAUCACCUGAUGUUGAACAUUUGAAUGAAGUAAGCCUCAAGCUCCCUCUUAGUGACAUAGCAAUAAAGACGUUACAAAAUAUGAACCGACAGUGGAUUCGGGCCACAGCCACAGCCCUUGAACGAUGCAGUGAGCUUCAGGCAACUAGAUUGAAUGAAAAGUUUCUUUAUUGCUGUGACAAAUGGGUCCAGCUUCUAGAGAAGAUAGAAGAGACGCUCAAAGUGACCGUGGCUGACGGCCUCCCGGCUCUCCUGGAACAGCAGAAAACAUAUGAGAUGUUAGAAGCUGAAGUCUCUAUAAACCAGACAGUGGCUGAUUCCUAUAUAACCCAGUCCUUACAGCUCUUGGACACAGCAGAAAUAGAGAAGAGACUGGAAUUUGUCUCAAAGUUCACAAAACUGAAGGAGCGGUGGCAGAGUGCUGCCCAGAGUGUCCGGCAGAGGAAGAGCCACAUCGAUGGGCUGGUGGGACAAUGGCGGUACUUCACCACCUCCGUGGAGGACUUGCUCCGCUUCCUCACCAACACCGGCCACCUGCUGUCUGCAGUGAAGAGCCAGGAUUGCCACAGCCUCCACCAAAUCAGAAGGCUGAUCCGUGAGCUGAAGAGUAAAGAAAUUCAUUUCGAGAGACGGCACACCACCUAUGCACUAACCGUGGGAACUGGGGAGACGUUACUGAACACGGCUAACCUGGAAACAAAAGAGGUGAUUGACAAGAAAAUCAGUCAACUCCGGGACGACUGGAAAGACACAAAGCUCCACGUAGGAGAGAUGAUUAACCAGCUGCAGAGCACUAGAGAGACCUGGGACCAGUGUGAAAAGAAAAUCAAGGAGCUGAAAAGCAGGCUGCAAGUUUUAAAGGCACAAUGUAGAGAUCCUCUCCCAGAACUUCAUGAGGACCUCCAUAAGGAAAAAGAGCUGAUUAAGGAACUAGAGAAGUCUUUGGCCAACUGGACCCAGAACCUUUCAGAACUUCACACUUUGAAGACCGACUUAAGCCAGCACAUUCUUGCGGAGGACGUGAUGGUUUUGGAAGAGCAAACGGAGCAUUUGCACAGACAAUGGGAAGACCUCUGCUUGCGAGUGGCUAUACGCAAACAGGAGGUUGAAGACAGACUCAAUUCAUGGAUUGUGUUCAAUGAAAAAAAUAAAGAGUUGUGUGCGUGGCUGGUGCAGAUGGAAAACAAAGUUCUACAGACAGCAGAUCUUAGUAUUGAAGAAAUGAUUGAAAAGUUACAGAAGGACUGCAUGGAAGAAAUAAACUUGUUUAGUGAAAACAAGUUACAGCUGAAGCAAAUGGGUGAGCAGCUGAUGAAAGCCAGCAACAAGACCAGAGCAGCUGAGAUCGAUGACAAGCUCAGCAAAAUCAAUGACCGCUGGCAGCACCUUUUUGAUGUCAUUGGAUCAAGGGUGAAGAAGCUGAAGGAGACCUUUGCUUUUAUUCAGCAGUUAGACAAAAACAUGAGCAACCUUCGCACCUGGCUGGCUCGGAUUGAGUCAGAGCUCUCUAAGCCUGUUGUUUAUGACGUCUGCAAUGAUCAAGAGAUCCAGAAGAGGCUCGCCGAGCAGCAGGACCUGCAGCGAGAUAUCGAACAACACAGUGCAGGGGUGGAAUCAGUGUUUAACAUCUGCGACGUCCUCCUGCAUGACUCCGAUGCCUGUGCCAAUGAGACCGAGUGUGACUCCAUCCAGCAGACCACCAGAAGCCUGGACAGACGCUGGAGGAACAUCUGUGCCAUGUCGAUGGAACGGCGAAUGAAAAUCGAAGAGACGUGGCGCCUGUGGCAGAAAUUUCUAGAUGAUUACUCCCGCUUUGAGGAUUGGCUCAAGUCAGCCGAGAGGAUAGCAGCCUACCCAAAUUCCUCCGAGGUGUUGUACACAAAUGCCAAAGAAGAGCUGAAGAGGUUCGAGGCGUUCCAGCGGCAGAUCCACGAGCGGCUCACACAGCUGGAGCUCAUCAACAAGCAGUACCGGCGGCUGGCCCGGGAGAACCGCACGGACUCGGCCAGCAAGCUGAAGCAGAUGGUGCACGAGGGCAACCAGCGCUGGGACAACCUCCAGAAGCGGGUCACGGCCGUCCUGCGGAGACUCAGACAUUUCACCAACCAAAGGGAAGAAUUCGAGGGGACCAGGGAGAGCAUUCUAGUGUGGCUCACAGAGAUGGACCUGCAGCUGACCAACGUGGAGCACUUCUCAGAGAGCGACGCCGACGACAAGAUGCGCCAGCUGAAUGGCUUCCAGCAGGAAAUUACACUAAACACCAACAAGAUAGAUCAGCUCAUUGUGUUCGGGGAGCAGCUGAUUCAGAAGAGCGAGCCCCUGGACGCCGUGCUGAUCGAGGACGAGCUGGAGGAGCUGCACCGCUACUGCCAGGAGGUCUUCGGCCGAGUCUCACGGUUCCACCGCAGGCUCACCUCCCGCGCGCCGGGCUUGGAAGAUGAAAAGGAGGCCUCCGAGAAUGAAACAGACAUGGAGGACCCCAGAGAACUCCAGGCUGACUCUUGGCGAAAAAGGAGAGAGAGCGAGGAGCCCUCUUCCCCUCAGUCCCUUUGUCAUCUGGUGCCCCCAGCGCCAGGGCCCGAGCGGUCUGGCUGUGAGACCCCCGUUAGCGUGGACUCCAUCCCUCUGGAGUGGGAUCACACAGGUGACGUGGGGGGCUCCUCCUCUCACGAAGAUGAUGAGGAAGGCCCCUACUACAGUGCGCUGUCAGAUAUAGAAAUCCCUGAAAGUCCUGAGGCCUAUCUUAAAAUGACCACAAAAACUUUGAAAGCGUCUUCUGGGAAAUCCAUUUCUGAGGACCACUCGUGGCGUGUUCCUGACAGCCCUUCCUGUCCCAAGCAUCGCUACAAACCAAUGGGAAGUGAUAGGAGCGUACAGCCCAUCCCCUCAGAUUCCAGCACCCCCUAUAAACCGGCCUAUGUAAAGCUGCUGCUAUCCCCGGGCACUGAUGGUGGCAAAGAAAGCGCCAGAGUCUUGAACAGCAGCUCACAGCAGGAAGAUGAGGGACUGACUGCUCUCACCAGGCAACACUCAGGUGCCUUUGACAGAUGGGAGCUGAUUCAAGCACAAGAACUUCACAAUCAACUCAGAAUAAAACAAAACUUGCAACAGCUCAACUCCAAGAUCAGCGACAUCACCACUUGGCUGAAAAAAACGGAAGCAGAGCUGGAGACGUUAAUGACAGCAGACCCUCCCUCGGGUCUCCACGAAAUGGAACUCAGAGUGAAGCAGCUCAAGGAAAUCCUAAAAGCCUUUGACACCUACAAGGCCCUGGUGGUCUCUGUCAACAUGAGCAGCAAGGAGUUUCUGCAGACUGAGAGCGCGGAGUCCAAAGAGCUCCAGGGUCGAGUCGGCCAGCUGGCACUGCACUGGGACGCGGCACGGGGCGCGGCGGAGAGAUGGAGAGAGAGCUUGCGGAGGGCCCUCGUGCAGUGCCAGGACUUCCACCAGUUGAGUCAAGAUCUGCUACUGUGGUUAGCGAGUGCCGAGAGCCGGAGGCAGAAAGCGCGCGUCACGGACCCAGAGGCAGACCCCCAGAUGCUCCUGGAGUGUCAGGAAGAACUGAUGCAACUGAAAACGGAGCUCGUGGAACGUGAACCUCAAGUAAACACCUUACAAGAGAUUUCAAACAGCCUUCUUAUUAAGGGGCAUGGCGAAGACUAUAUUGAGGCUGAAGAGAAGGUACACGUUAUUGAGAAGAAACUCAAACAGUUACUUGAGCAAGUGUCUCAAGACUUAAUGUCCUUGCAGGGAAGCCAGAACCCAGACCCAUCUCUGCCCAGCAUGGACGAGGUAGACUCUGGAGACCAGCCUCCAGCAGCGCCUGCACCAGCUCCCCAAGCCAAGCUCGGAGCAGAGAGAAUGACGAAAGACCAGAACACGGCGGACAGCAGGGUGCCCGGGCCGGGCAGCUCGCGGCCACGGCGCUCCUUCCUGUCGCGGGUGAUCCGGGCGGCGCUGCCCCUGCAGCUGCUGCUGCUGCUGCUGCUGCUCCUGGCCUGCCUGCUGCCCGCCUCGGAAGACGACUACAGCUGCACGCAGGCCAACAACUUCGCCAGGUCCUUCUACCCCAUGCUGCGGUACACCAACGGGCCGCCUCCCACCUAGAGGCCCCGCCCAGCUUCGCGGGCGCCUCGCUCCAGGCGCAUCGGCAGUGAGUGAGUGACCCUCCGGGGCCUUACUGUGGACACCCCCCUCCAGGCUGGCUGGAGAGGGCUUCCCAGUGGCAUUCCUCCCCGGGGGCAGGGAGCCCGGGCAGCAGGCGCCUCAGGCAGUUUGACGGCUAAAUUGAUCGGUCUGGGAUCUCUGAAAACUGCAGUUUCCUGAAGAGCCGAGAUUCCGAUUUAUUUGGAAAAACGACCUUAAAAUGUAGCUACUGUGCUCAGCGAACAGUAGCGUUCACCCCAUCUUUCCGAAACAGGCUUAGAAGUGGUUCGGAAACUCACCCACACCCUUAGCUGAUUGACUGAAACAAUCCUAUUCAGGAGGUUUAGAAUUAAUUUUACUCCAAUCAGCUAGCAAUCUUGAGCUACACGUGAUAAACCAAAACAUUCUGUUCUGUACUUAGGUCUGCUCUUUUAUAUUGCUUUAAAUUUUUAAAGAAAUUAUAUUGCAUGGAUGUGGUUAUUUGUGCAUAUUUUUUAACAAUGCUGGAUCUGUAUGAAUAAUGUAAACUUUGAUUUUUUUAAAAAAAUCAGAUUUUAGCUGGAGCUUUUGACUAAUGUACAGUAAAUGCCAAGCUACUUGAUAGGAUGUUUUUGUAAGUUAAUUUUAUAAGACUUUUCACAUUUAAAGUGAUGCUUCAGGUAUUGUUUAGCUGUUUGGCCAUGGGGGGAGGGAGGUUGCUCCAGAAACUUGAAGCGGUUUGUGGUAUGUCCAACUCAAAUGUUUCUCAUUAAAACAAAUACUCAUA